AUGAGGUUCACCACAGGACUACUCAUAAAGCAGCAGAAAGUUCCAGCGACAAAGCCAAGCAGAGCGGUAGAGACAGCCUCCAUCCCACCAGCGCUGUCCAGCAGUGAUCUCAUCAGAUGCCUGGUGACCGAAAGUUUACAGCAGAAGGUUAUCUCAAAUAUGGUGGUCCUGCAAGAUCCCAAGGCUAUCCUUGUCCCCCAGAUGAUGACUUUAAAUAGCAGUAAGACGAAUGAAGACGUCGCCCCUGUGAACACUUACACCUUGAUUAAUUCAACCAGCAAACUGUCCAUGGGUCCGGACUAUGUCUGGUGCUCAGAUCCUCCACCAGUUAGCCCCUCACGGAGCCUCCCUUCAAAGGUCCAGUCUAUGCAGAAGCAGCUGAAUAGUUAUUCCACCGGGUUCUUCGAUGUGGCUGCAGUGAAUGGAUCAUUUAUAGGGGCCGGUGCAGAAAACCUACAUAGCCUUGAUCACAGGUAUGUGUCUCCUCCAGCAGACAAUGGCUGUGAGACAACGGGAGCGCAGUAUUUAUCUACCCAUGAUCCAGAUUUCACAAGACUUACUCUUCAGCCAUGUGAUCUUUUAGAAUUCCAGGUUCAAAACCCGGCACACAUUUUUCUCCCCAUGACAAAUUCCCAGUCUCAUGCUGCAAGUUUCCCCGUUAUGUCCAUGCCCCAAUGUGUUCAGGAAACUAAUAGCAUAAGAGGCUGGGGUGACCUGCAAACUGACCCUCAGGAACUGCCAGCAUUAUCCAGAAUCAUCAGAGCUCCAGAAAAUGUGACCAGUGGAAGCCAAAAUGGUUCCUCAACAGCCCAACCUGGAGAAGAGAGUCAAAAACUAUCAAGCAGCAGCAGAGAAACAUGGCCGAAGCUCAGCAGAUCUCAACGCAAGUCAACCACCACCAAGAGCGAGUGUAGACUUAGUCUAUCUAGUACAGUUCCUGCAAGUCAGGUGGCUCUGGAUUCUUUUUCAGCCACAAAUAAAGUCCAGAGCAAUGAAAGAUUGAAUAGACUUUUUAUGAGCAACCAGAGGGAUGUUCAAGAGGAGGAAAUGAGAAGCUGGCAACAGAAGGUAGAACCGACCACCCUGUCUAUAGAGUCAGAGACCUGGACUACGAUGGACACGACUGCAGGACACCUCGUAAUCCCCGUGUCUGUACCCGUCACGAAGAAAGAUCAAGAGAAAGGGGACGAGAUCAAUGAGAUUACAAAUUAUCUGCGAAGAAAUAACACUGAAAAAGGGAAAAAGACAAGACCUUGUCCUAAGCCAUUAUACAUCCCACCUCCAGUCCUGGAAAAUAAUUCCUCCUCCUCUGGUUGCUUCCAGAGCAGCAUGCGCUCGCCAGAAUCUCUGCUUUCUGAAUAUCUGUACAGUGGCGACCCCCUGUGCCAGUUUACACCUCCUCCAAUGCUGAGCCCAAUCCGCCAAGGUACAGGCCUCUAUUUCAACACCUUCUGCACUCCUUCCAGUGCCAAGUACCAACCUCCCGCUCUUGAUGAAGAAGACGGCGGAAAAAUCUGCCUGGUGAAAGACCUCAUGUUGUAUCCUGUCCAGCCGCACAUUAACAUUGGAGAUCGCUUCCAGGCGUUGAUCCCGGAGUGCAAAGAUCGCUCACUACUAGAAGGAGAAGAGGAAAAGGCUGAUCUGGUUUGGAGACCCUGCUUGCCCACUGUAGCAGUGUCCCAUCUUCUAAAUUUCGCCUGCUCUAGUGCUGUCCCCAGAGGAGGCUGCAACCUGGAGCUUGCCCUGCACUGUCUGCAUUUUAGCCAGUGCCAUGUCUUGCAGAAAUUAGAUGAAUGUCAGGAGGCGCUGGAUAAACUUUUAGGUAAUGAACAGCAGAAGCUUCUUCCUCGGUGUCUGGCUGAUUAUCACUAUGCUGGUUCAGAUCACUGGUCAGGAACCGAGAAAUGUCAGUUUAAGAAGGCGUACUACAAGCAGCAGAAGAAUUUCUCCUAUAUACAGUCAAUGAUUCCUGGGAAGAACAUUUACCAGUGUGUGGAGUAUUACUACACCUGGAAGAAGAUCCUCGGCCUCAAGAGACUCAGCACAGAGCAGAGUUUUGACGGAGAAGAGACUCUAGACAGAAAGGAACCUCACAGCGGGAUUAAGAUAAAAAGCAAGAACCAGAAGAAAGAAACAGAACCCAAGGAGAAGUCUCUAAAGAGCCAGAAAGAAACCAGAGACGGGGAAGAGCCUAAGAAAUUUGCAUGUCAAGAGUGCGAAAGAGUGUUUGACAAAGUGAAGAGCCGAAACGCACAUAUGAAGAAACAUCGAGUACAGGAAUAUAACGCGAGGGACUUCUAUUAUUAAUCAAGAAUGCAAUCCGUCUUCUUGUGAAUUAACACCAUGGCGGAGAACGGCAUUUACUAUUUAAAGGGACAUCCCACAUUUAGUUGUCUUCACUGGUCAUAGAGAGACGUCAGAUGAACUGAGAAGCUGCUCAUGGCGUUGUUAGGUCUCAAAGUUCAGUAAAGCACCCAAAUACGUUUUCUGCUGGUCAGAGAUCUCAGUAAUCUGGAAUCUCCCUCUGGGUUCCUUGUCGAACAGCACUAGUCUGGAUUAGUUACUGAGCAGCAGAACAGAUUCCAUUUUAUACACCAAGU